AUGUUAAAAGUGUGUUGGGAUUGUCUUUUUGGGAAUGGGCAACAGACUGAAGUUGUGAAUGGCACAGCAUUAAAUGGGCACACAGUAGGAUCUAUUGCGCAAAGAGAAAACGAGAUGGCUUACAAAAUCCCUAGGCCACUUCAAAAUGAGGACGUUAUUGAAGUUAAAGGGCUUAUGAGAUCCAAUCCAGAGAGGAUUUGUAUAGCCCUAAUGACAGGACAGUAUAAUAUAGAUUAUAAUAAUGUUGCCUGUGAAGUAGAGGCAAGAUUUAUAGAUGGUGACAAUAUGGUAUUAAGAACAAUAGUCAAUGGUCAAAUGGAUGAACAAGUACUUGAACGAGAAAGGCCAUCGGACUUAUUGCCAGUAGCUGAAUUCACAUUUGCAUUCAAACUAGUACAAGACUAUAACUCGGAUAGAAUAGAAAUAGCCAUCGGCCAAAGCCAUUUGGCUGAAGUCGACCUUAAACACAGUUUCCAGGAUAUUUCAUAUGUGACAUUGAGUCAUGAUAUACUAAAAGUAAACGAGCUUAUCUUUAAAUUUAAUUAG